AUGGCAGCUCCAAAAGUUGACCCGGUCGAGAACAAACGCCGUAUGGAGGCGGGAGAGCUGUACUACUGCUUCACCCCUGAGUUGGUCGCAGAGAGGAGGCGGGCCUUUCUGGCUUACACCCGCUUCAACAAAGCAGAUGACGUCUCCCGAAGGGAAAGCCUGGAGCUCCUCAAAGAGAUCACCCUCGACAAGACCCCUUUGCCGCCAAAGCUUCCCGACAUGACUGAUGAGGAUGAUGAGGCUCUGCUCGACGACUUUCCCAUAGUGUAUCCUCCCCUGAGAACCGACUAUGGGUACAACAUUAGACUGGGAAACAAUGUCAUGAUCAACUUCAACAGUACUUUUGUCGAUACAUGCCCAAUCGAGUUCGGCUCACGCACCAUGGUCGGUCCUAACUGCAGCUUCUUCAGUGGCACUCACCCCCUCGACCCAACUGUGCGGAACGGCACGCGUGGGCCAGAGAGCGGGAAACCCAUCAAGAUCGGCGAGGACUGCUGGUUCGGGGGGAACUGUAUCGUCCUGCCCGGCGUGACCAUCGGGAACGGCGUGACGGUUGGUGCGGGCAGCGUUGUGACCAAGGACGUUCCGGCGUACCACUGCGUCGCAGGUAACCCGGCGAGGAUCAUCCGGAAGAUCGAGGUCUCGGGCCAGGAACCAAGCAAGCCCGAGGGCACUCAAGUCCUGGUCGGAGAGGACGCUGCAGUAGUCCAGGCCUAG